AUGUCUUACGCUUUGGAGACGAAAAAGCGCAAAUUCACCAGAGUGUUGGAAUCCAUAUCCAAGCCCUUGACUCCUAGCGAUGGAACAACCAAGGCCGCAAAGGACCCGAUCACGGCUGCUCGAGAGCGACUGGCCGCCCCAGCUUCGAUAAAGAGAGUCCGUGUUGGCAACGACGCCGUGACAUCAAAAACAACAGCUUCUCAACUACCCAGGGUAUCGUCUACCUCUUCAAGUGUCCGCCCCAAUUUUGUCCCCUGGGACCGCGAACGUUUUCUCGAACGCUUGGAGACUUUUCGGCCUGUUACUCGAUGGUUGUCCAAGCCGGCGCCGAUAAACGAGGUGGAGUGGGCGAAACGAGGAUGGUCUUGUACGGACUAUAUGCGAGUUGCAUGUGUUGGUGGAUGUGGAGCCACGCUGGUUGUGAAGCUUCCGGAUGAAACCGACGACUUUGAGGAUUUGGAUAGCGACAAGGUGCAGGAACGGAGAGAAGUUCGGGAAAGGGUCGUCGAAGAAUACAGGAAGAUGAUUCAAAAUGGCCACAAGGAAAAUUGCCCGUGGAGGAAUAAUGCAUGUGAUGCUACAAUCCAUCGUCUGGCUCUGUCGCAUCCAGAAACCGCCAUUUCGACUUUACGGGACCGAUAUUUGAAAGUUGCGGGCAUCUAUGACCAGUUACCUGCCAGUGAAACAAUCGAAUUACCCGACCAAGUGAUUCUGAGUGAUAUAAUCAACAUACUACCUCCCGACUUUCUCGAUGGAAAACCUGCUUCCAAAAAGGGACCAUCUGAAUCUGAUGAGCAGAACAGUAAUCCAGACGGGAUCCAAACGAUCGACGAGAAAGCAUUUGCUUUUGCUUUUUUUGGCUGGGAUGUGGUCAAGGAUGGGUCGAGUGGUUUAUUAGAAUGCCGGGCCUGCUUCAGACGCCUGGGUCUGUGGCUAUACAAGCCAAAAGAGGAUGGAAAGGAGGCUGUAUACGACAAGCUCGCCGUCCACAAUGAGCACAUGGAAUAUUGUCCUUGGAUUGAUGGAAAAGCACAAAGCGGUACCGGCAAGUCUGGACAACGACCAGAAGACCUGCUCAGCGGCUGGCAGGUGCUGGCUCAGGAUAUACGAACAAAGCAUCGACGACAUCUCAAAUCAAUAGGGGGCUCCUCAGCAGAAACCCCGUCUAGAGAUUCCGAUGCUAGCUCGUUCGAUACUACGACGGCUGAAGAUGACGCUGCUCAGAAAGCCAAAGACCGAGAAUGGUGGUCGAAGCUCCGUAGGAUGCGAGAUGUUUUGCAUGUGAAAGGGCCAAAGAAGAAUGUCUCCGAGAAAUAG